UUUAUACUACUUAUUUUAACAUUGAUUCAUAACAAUAAGGUAAAGAACAUACAUUAAUUUUGUUGCACAAAAUCAGUGUAAAAAAUGAUAUCCCAGCAAGCCAUUAUAAUAUAAUGGUAGUUUAUAUUACUCUUCAUAGACCGAACAAAAAUUUUAAAUAUACCACGUCCGACGUCAAGUCAAUAAAAUUGGUUACCAUUCAAACAUAAAAAAAUUCGAAGUGUAUUUAUAAAAACCAAAUUUAUCAAGCGAUGGAAACUUUACAUCGGAUAACAUCUACAUUCGAAAAUGUUAAACUCGCAAUAAAGAACAAAAACUCAUCGGAGCGGCUGCAGACCUUAAAGAGGGACAUCCACAGCCUCUCCACUGAGCUUGUGGUCCUGGGCAAGGAGAACCAUGACCAAUACGUCAGAUCCCUAGCAAUGGAAGGGUACCUAGCGCUGCUUUCGGCAAAAACAAUGCCAAUAUCACUUGGUGAGAAAAAGAACGUACUACAUGUCGCAUACGAAAAAAUUAAGCCAUACGCCCUCCGAGACGAGUGUCUUUUUAUCCUCUUAAGAAUUCAGAACCUUCUCUGUUACUACCUUAUACAAUUGGACCAGACUUCAUUAGCCAGAGAUAUCCUCGAAAGCAUGGAAGAUCUUUAUGACAAUAUAAGCAAAUCGCAACCUGAAAAAUUCUUGGACGCAGAGGACUUGUUUACUGCGGAGCCUUUGAGCAGCAUUAAAAGAGUAAAUCCUGAGAAGAUAGACAAAGUUAUCACGAACAAUGUUCAGAUGCAAGCGUUUUUGUACAACAAACUCAAUGUGCCCGAAAAGUAUACGCUUUAUAACCACACGGCGCUGCGCAGACAGCUGGAGAUGAAGGAAGGCACGCCGCAAGACUGGGCUCUGCGCAGCGCCCGCCUCGGGAACUACUUUACUUAUCUGAAUCAAAUGGGCAACGCUCGCCACCACUUGUGCGCUGCAUAUCACGUCCUACGCACCUGUCACGACAACUGCAAGCUUAUGCCCGAAGAGUUUGUUUUGCAGAAGGCUGACUUUGAAAUGCACUUUUUGGAACUAAGCCACCAUUGGGUCAAGUAUGGACUGACGCUGUUCAAACUAUCUAAGAAGAAGGUUUUAAACAAAUAUUUCUCGCAGCCAUCGUCCAAAUCCAACUUAUGGAAGACUGUUGAUUUAUUGGAAGAGCAUAUGGAAGACAACAAAUUUGAGGAAGAGAAUGUCAAGGAUUUGGGCGCAGAAAAAUCUGGUAAAGGGGACUUUACCCCAGAGAAAUUGUUUACAUUCCCGUCGUUAGAUCUGAAAGAUAUGGAGGCCCGAGUGCCUCUGGAGACGGUGAGCACGGUCGAGGAGGCUCGGAAACUGUUCUCGUUCAAUCACAAGUGGUUGAUGAGGGCGAAGCACUACUACGAUUUUGAGCACCACUCAGCACAAUACAUCUCGUGCUCGUUACAGCUAGCAGAGCUGUAUGAACACCUGGCGUUUUUCGAGAGGAACAUCGACAACCAGUACAGCAUCCAGAAGCGACGCGCCGACGUGCUGGAAACGCUCAACUCUCUGCUCAAGAGCUGCGAUAAUGUGAUGUCGGUGCAGAUUGAUGUGAUCCGAGAACUGUCGCAAGUGCAACUGGAACUGAUGGCGUUGAACUUGCAGAAGUUGUGGCGGCAGGAGUCCCAGACCAACAUCUUCAACAUGGAUACCGAUGCCGAUUCUAUAAUAAAUUCUUUAGAUUCAGAAUCGAAUAAAACUCUUACAGAAACGUUGAAUACUUCGUGUAAGAAUAUGUUUUUGAGGAAAAUGGAGGCAGCCACGUCGCUGAACGGGAAACUCUUUCGUCUAAGUGGACAGCUCGGACCCAAGACUCCUUCACAAGUUAGCUUUUGUACCGGAUUGCUCAAGAAUUGAUGUAACAAAUAAUGUAUGUAGAUAUGAAUAACAAGAAAUAAAUUAAUUUAUGGUGUGUUC